AUGUCUGGUUCGGGGGAAACUGUUGUUUCGAGGCGUAAUAUCGGUCGUGAAAGGCCGUCAACUUCAGAUGCCGACUCUGCUUACACAGAUGAUAAGCAAAAAGACGAUGAAUCCAAACAGACCCGAUUUACCCUUAUGGAGGAAAUUUUACUACUUGGCUUAAAGGACCGAGAAGGAUACACUUCAUUUUGGAACGAUAAUAUUAGUUUUGGUCUUCGUGGAUGUUUUCUUAUUGAGCUGGCUUUAAGAGGACGUAUCACCCUCGAACCUCCAUCUGCCCGUCGUUUUAUACUAAAUCGAAAUGUUGUUGUAAUUAAGAAUAUCCCCACUGGUGAUAUGCUGUUGGAUGAGGCUCUACGAACGAUUAGCGCGAACAAACCCGCUGAUGUGAAAACUUGGAUUGAGUAUCUUAGUGGUGAAACCUGGAAUCCCUUUAAAAUCACUCUCCAAAUGAGAAAUGUCCGUGAGCGCAUUGCUAAGAACUUAGUUGAGAAGGGAGUUUGCUGCACUGAAAAGCAGAAUUUCAUCCUCUUUGAUAUGACUACCCAUCCACUUAUCAAUACACCCGCCAAACAGCUCAUUAUGCAACGAAUAAAUGACUCCCUCUUAAAUAACUGGACUACAGAUGUUCACCGAAUGGACAAACGAUGUCUUUCAUUGAUAGUUGUUGCCCAUCGUGCAGAUGUACUCGAGAAUGCCUUCCUUACUCUUUCAAACCAGGAUUAUAAUACCGCGACGAAACAUGUUAGGGCCCUGUUAGAUCUCAACUACAAUGAGUUAGGCUCCACCGGCACACCUUUGGAUGUUAUAUGGGGUGUUUUUGCAGCACUUAGUUCUUGA